AUGGCAAAAAAAAAUAAAAAAAAAAAUAAUGAAUAUUCAGGAAGUGAUGAAGAAAAUGAAAAUAGUAAAAUAAGUGGAUUAAAAAUAAAUUCUGAAAAAGUGUUAGAUCAUGAUUUUAGUAGUUUUAUAAAUAAUGAAUUUUUAGAUAUUUCAGUAUCUCCUUCAUUAGACUUAUCGCACAGUAAUAUAAUGAAUAUUACAAAUGGAAAAGAUAAUAAUUAUUUGAAUAAUUUUAACUUAACAAAUAAAACAGAUGAUAACACUAAUGAAAAUGAUGAUCUAAAUUAUAAUAAUGUCGAUUCGAAUGUGCAGUCAGGAAAAAAGCAAACCCAAAGCGAAAAAAAAAACCAAAGCGAAAAAAAAGACAAUAAAAAUGGCGAAAAUGACGAUAACAGUACAGACGCUUCGAACAACGAAGCCGAAAUAAAGGAAGGCGAAGAGGGUAGAGAAAAUGUGGCUAGCUCAAAUAGCAUGAUAUAUGAUACAAAAUAUAAUAAUGAAUAUACAAAUGUGUGCAAAAUAAAUGAUUUAUCAUUACCUAAGAAUUAUUUAAGUAAUAGUAUGACAUCAAGCAUGAUAAGUUCAAAAGAAAGUGAAUUAUGUUUUAUAAAAUAUUUAACAGUUUGUAAUUUUAAAAGUUAUGAAAAUGAAAAUAUAAUCGGACCAUUUUCAAAAUUUACAGCAAUUAUUGGACCAAAUGGUUCAGGAAAAUCAAAUAUUAUGGAUUGUAUUUGUUUUGUUUUAGGUAUUGAUAAUAAAUAUUUAAGAAUAAAAAAUUUACGAAAAUUAAUAUAUCAUAAAGAAAAUGAAAAAAUGGAAAAUAUAUCAAAAAAAAAAUGUUAUGUUAAACUAACUAUAGAAUGUAAUAACAAAGAAACAGUAGAAUUAAAAAGAACAUUAAAUUAUAAAGGUGUUACUAAUUUUUAUAUUAACGAAAGAUUAGUUAAUCAUGAUGAAUAUACAAAUUUUUUAAGACGAAAUCGUAUUGAAACUAAAACAAAAACAUGUCUAAUUUUCCAAGGAGAUAUUGAAGAAAUUAUAAAUAAAAAACCAACAGAAUUAUCUAAACUGUUUGAAUAUAUAAGUGGGUCAAAUGAAUAUGAACAAAUAUAUGAAGAGAUUAAAGAACGAUUAAAAGAAAAACAAAUUAGUUGUAAAAAUUUGUUAUAUGAAAAAAAAAAAAUUGAACAGGAAAUAAAAAUUCACAAAAUACAAAUAAAUGAAAAUAUAGAACAUAAUAAAAUUAAAGAAAGUUAUGAUAAUGAUAUAAAAAAUUUAUAUUUAUUUAGAUUAUAUCAUUUUUUUAAAAAAAAAGAAUUUUAUAAAGAACAAUUAGCUAUUUUUAAAAAUAAAAAAAUGGAAUUUGAACAAGAAGUUUUAAAUAAAAAUAAAAAUAUAGCUAAUGAUUUGGAAAGAAAAAAAAUUGAAAAAAAAAAAGAAUUUUUUAAAAUAGAUGAACAAAUUAAAAAUAAAAAAAAUAUUCUAAAUACAUUAAAAAUUGAGAUAAAUGAAAUAUAUGAAAAAAUAAAAUAUUGUCAAAAUAAUUUAAAUCAAAUUAUAGCUAAUGAAAAAUUAAAACAAGUUAUGCAAACACAUUGUUCGAAAUUUAUUAAUGAUCUUAAUGAGAGAUUAAAUAAUCAAAAUAAAAUAUUACAAGAUGAAUAUAAAAAUAAAUUAAAAAUCUUUUUAAAACUAUUUAAUCAAACAGACGAAAUAAAAAAAUUUAUAAAAGAGAAUAAUAAAAAAAUGUAUGAUAAUUUAAUUAAAGAUGAAAAAUGUGUAAAAGGAAAUAAAAAAUUUGAUUUUGAAAAAUAUAACAAUGAUGAAGAAUACAUAAAUAAUUUAAAUAUAAUUCGAUUUAUAGAAAAUUUAAGUGAUUAUAAAAAAAGUAAAGAAAAUUAUUUAUAUCUAUGUGCUAAUAGUAAUAUAAAUAUUAAUAAUUAUACAAAUCUUUGUUCAAAUUUAAAAAAAGACAUAAAAGAGUUGCAAGAAGAAUGUGAUAACGUUAAGAGAAAAAAACAAAAAGAAUUAAUAGAUUUAGAAACAGAACAAUUUGCAUAUAAUGAAAUAUCAGACAAAAUAGAAAAAUUAAAUAUUUUGAUAGAACAAGAUAAAAAUAAAAUAGAAGAAAAUAAAAUAAAAUUAAAAAAAAUGAAUAUCAAUAUUUUAGAAAAAGAAAAAGAAAUUGAAAAUUUAGAAGAAGAAGUUAAUGUAUUAAAUAUACAUAAAAAAGAAUUAUUAUCUUUUGAUAAAAAAAAAGAUCUUAUUAAAAAUUUAAAAAAUAUGUUUGGUGAAACUGAAAUAUAUGAUGAAAUAUCAAAUUUAUAUGAAGUAACUAAUCAAAUAUAUUACACUCCUAUAAACAAUAUAAUACAUAAAUAUAAUAAUUUUUUAUUAGUUAAAAAUUUAGAAACAUGUACAAAAUGUAUUCAAUAUCUUAAAAAUAAUAAAAUGUAUAAAUUAGAUUUUAUUCCUUAUGAAAAUUUUGUAAAAAAUGUCCAAAAAAAAAAAAAACAAAAAAAAAAAGGAACUGGCGAAAAUGGCGAAAUUGGCGAAAUUGGCGAAAUGAAUGAAAAUGUGUAUGAUGAACACGAUAGGCAACAAUCCAAUUUAAGUGUAAUAGAUAAAAUAAUAAACAGUUUUAAAAAAAAAAAUAUUGUUCUUGCAAACAAUUGUUUGGUAUGUGAUGAAAAUUAUAAAUUAUUAUUUGAUUACCUUAUUGGUAAUGAUACUAUAAUUAUUGAAAAAUUUGAUGAUGCUGAUGAAAUUAAAAAAAAAUUUCCACAAAUAAAUGUUAAUAUGGUUACACUAGAUGGUCAUAUAAUAUCUAAAAAUAAUAAUUUGAUUGUAGAUAUAUGUUCAAAAUAUUCAAGUCAAGAAAAAUAUAAUAAUAAUAAAUUAAAUAUUAAUAUAUAUAACAAACUUUUAAAUAAAAAAGAUGAAUGUAGACAUAUUAUUAAUAAUUUAAAUAAAAAUAUAAUCGAAAUAAAUGAAUUAAUAAAUAAACACACUAAUGAAUAUGAAUUAAAUAAAAAAAAAUAUUCAAGUAUUAUUGUAAAAAAAAAAAUUUUUGAAAAAGAAAUCGAAGCUAAAAAUAUGCUUAUAUGUACAUACGAAAAUAAAAUUGACAAAAUACAAAAUGGAGAAUUAAAAGAUAAAAAAAAAUUAUUAAUAAAUUAUGAUGAUGAAUUGAUUCAGGAAAGGAAUAGUUUAUCAUCUUAUCAACAAAAAACAUUUGAAUCUUUAAAUAAUAAAUUAAAAAUAUCUAAUAUUUAUGAAAUUAUUGAACGUAGUAAUAAUGAAAUAGAAAAAAAUGAUGAAAAUAUAAUGAGAAUUAAAAAUAAUAUUAAAAAAUUAAAAGAUGAUAUUAAUGAACUAGUUGAUAAAAAAAAUGAAAAUAAUGUAUUUAAUAAAAAAGAAAAUAUACAAAAUGAAAAUGUAAAAAAGGAGUUAGAAGAAUUAAAAACAAAUCAAGAUCAAAUUAAUAAAAAAAUAGACGAUAUACAAACUAAUAUUGAAGAGUUAGAGAAUAUUAAAACAUAUAUACAUAAAAAUAUUAACACUUUUAAUCAAGAAUUAAACGAAUUAAGAGAUAAUAUAAAUUCUAGUUUUGAAAAACAUGAACAUAUUGAAAAUAAAAUACAAAAUUCUAAAAAAAAAAUGCAAAUAUAUCAACAAUUUAUUAAAGAUCUACUAAACGAAUGUGAUAUAAAUAAUAUAAACAUUUUCGAAACAUCCAUUAUGUUAAAAAAUAAAGAAAAUUAUCAUUCAUCAGACCGAAACUUAAACAAAAAAACGAAAAGAAUAACUAAUCAGAACAAACCUAACAAUAGAAGAAAAAGUAAACUGUUGGAAGAUCCCGACUAUAGCGAUGCAACCUCAAAAUCGGAAAGGUCGGAAAGGUCAGGAAAAUCGAACGAGUCGGACGGGUCGGACGGAUCGGAUGAGAUAUCCAAUUUUGGAAACAUUUCAUUCGAUUUGAUUCCAGAAGAAUUAAAACGAUUAGAAAAUGAGAAUGAUAUAAAUAGAGAAAGAGAAAGAUUAGAAGGAGAAAUUGAAAAAAAAAAAAAAUUUUUAAAAAUAAAAAAUAUAAAUAAUAAUGCUGAAAAAGAAUAUGAUAAGUUAUUAACAAAAUUAAAAAUAGUUGAUACAAAUUUAAAUGAAGGAAGAAAAGAAUGUAAUUUAUUUGAAAGAAAUUUUCGAAUAUUACAAAAAAAAAGGUCAUAUAAAUUUUUACAUUGUUUUAAUUAUAUUAAAAAUGUUAUAGAUAAUGUAUAUAAUAAUUUAACAUAUAAUACAAAACAUCAUGUAGGAGGCCAAGCUUUUUUAGAUUUAUGUAACUAUAAUGAGUUUAAUAAAGAUGAUGAACCAUUUUAUUGUGGAAUCAAAUAUAAUAAUAUGCCUCCUAUGAAACGUUAUUUCGAAAUAUCUGAAUUAAGUGGUGGUGAAAAAAGUAUUAGUGCAUUAGCAUUAAUAUUUUCUAUUCAAAAAUAUAUCAAUAAUUCUUUUAUUAUUCUUGAUGAAGUAGAUGCAAAUAUGGAUCCUAUUAAAAUAACAUCUCUAACUAGAUAUCUUAAUUCGAUAAAUAGUCAAGUUAUUGUUAUUUCCUUAAAAGAUAAGUUUUUUAGUAAAAGUCAAACUCUUGUUGGUGUUUAUAAAAAUAAAACUAAAAAAUGCUCAAAAACAAUCACUCUUGACAUUAGCAAAUAUCGCCAGGACGCCCACGCGGCCAGCUAG